CGACAUAGGAGAUUAAAAAUCUGUUUCCAAGAGGAAGUAACAACUGAGGGGCAGGUAGACUAUCAGCUGCAUAGUACGCAGUGGUUCAUAAGUGUCAUGUUUGACUACAAUGAAUUCGAUAAGGCUUCGUAAGCAAAAAGAUGUUAGUCACCUGCACCUCUUCCGUACUUGCUUGAGGACGAAGGCUUCAAUUCGUAGGACGAAUUUGUUGAAAGAAGUCAGACGAGGAUAGAGGAUGGUGCAUGGUGAGAGAUCCGCCAAUCGCAGUCUUGCUAUGAAGCAGCAUAUUACCAGGGUCGCUUUGAGUCAUUCGCUCGGCGUCGCCCCUGCACGCGCAGCAGCAGCUGCUAUGCGGCUAACGACCGCUCCUGUACUAGGAUUUUUUGCUGGCCAAGGCGAAAGCGAAACAAUAUCCAACCAUCUGCGACGCCAAAGAGCGUUGUUUUCUAAUAGCCGUGAAACUCGCAAGGAUGAAGAGAAUCGAAAUCAAAGUGCAGGAAGCAGCAGCAGCAGUACUGGUUCGUCUUUCGAAGGAGGCCAAGGAACAGGCUCAGUGUUUCGAGGACGAUUCGGUGGGACAAGAGCAGAAGCCGACACGGCUACCUGUAUGAAAGAAAAUUGACAUUAUCAUGAAUGUAACCGACGCAAUUGAAAAUGGAAAACAUUCUGCAUACGCAAAUAAAGGGUACAGAUGACAAUUUCCCAGUCUACUUCAUGUUUGCGUCCUCGGCACCUCGUGGAGGCGGGAAAAAGUAUCCUGGAGCUGUUCCGGAUCAUUUGUUAAGGACAGCUUUUAUCCAUCUUUCUCAGCAUCUCCAUACCCUUUCCCCUUUUAUUUCAUGGGGAAGGGGUCGAGAUGUUGAAUUUAAGCUGCCCCUAAAUCUGAAACACUUUCCGAGCUUCUGGCAUCACCGGCAAAUCAAGCAGCUUGAGAUGGAGCAGGGCCAGAGCGGAUCAUCAGGCGACGGAACACGAGUCUCGGAGUAUUAUGAUGCAUCAGAGAUGAGUCACUCUGUCUCUGACUGCUUGCAGAUGUUCGUCAUCGAGGUGAGUGUCAUUUGUAAGCUUUCUACACGAAGGAGUUCGAAAGUAGGAACGAUGGUUGUGUUCGGGACCUAAUGCGUUCCAGUGGAAGCCUAGGAAGACGUAAUAGUGCAACAACAGCUACAGCGCUAAUUUUUUGCUUCCGCACCGCCACCCGACAAGUAUCAGAGUCCUCAGAGCCGCGCGCCAGGCCAGACGCUGUAUAAGGCCGAGAGGAAAGACAUAGAAAUUCUAUCGCAAACAGACGCACAGUACGUGAUGCCCUGGGCCAACGAAAACUCAACGAUUUUGCGCGUCGUCCGCCUGUCAGACCCUGUCGUGUCUCCGGUCUAUCGUGCCAUUCGCAAUUACCGUAUCACAGGUGGCGGCGCUCGAGGUGCAUCACAGAAUUUUCUUAAAUACGAAAAGUUCGCAUAUGGUGUCGCCUGUGCGUGUAUAUUUUAGGCUGCAUCUUCUACUUUCAUGAAUACAACUAGUGCUAGUAAUAUCCAUAUUCAUCUCCUUGUAGAAUGGUUUUCUCGCUUAGAAGAAGUUUGACUUUAUGGUCGUUGUCCAGCUCCACCUCCAGGAAUAAUGGCAGGGGGAAACUCCCACCCUGUUGUAGGACGAGUUCAUUUUUUCGUUUGCUUCUCUGCUAAUCAUGUUUCUCCUUGGGCUGCUGGCAAUUGGAACGGAUGCAUUACAAGAAGAGACUGAUAGAUUUGCGAGCGCGGCGUAUGUCACAACCAGUUCAUGUCUUGGAGAAGUCACCAUUUCCUUGGGCCAAAGAUAUCGGAGACUGGGAGUAUCGGGUAAUCCAGACUAGAGGAGUAUUUGACCACAAGCGCGAGCUGUUCGUUGGUCCCAGAGUCCAAGCAGACCGAACUGGCAACGCAUGUUCGAAUGGCUACCUCGUUGUCACUCCGCUACUAUUGCAAGACGGAUCCACGAUACUUGUACAAAUCUUUUUUCAUGUUGAUGAUCAACAAGACAAAGUCGCGCCCUUACAACUACUUACAACAACUUCUAGUGAGUAGGGGUUGAUCUACUGGUUCUGGAUUAGUAAGUGUGACGCUCAUGUUCAUGGAAAUUGUGUAAGGAUUUCUAUCUACUGAAUGUGGCCAGCAGGUGAAUCGUGGAUUCAUGACGAGCAAGACCCUGCAGGAGCGUGAGGACGUGGAGGUUCCCGGCUGGGUUCGCGUGCGCGGCGUGCUCGAGACUGGGGAAGUGCCUAAUCAAGAAAAGAGUGCGCUGUACCUGAAAAACGAGGUGAGUACCGAGAAGUUCACCUGGCUGAUUGCGGAGGACCUGGCUCGAAACUCUGGGGCCCUGAACUACGAAGAGUGUGCGCAGGGCUUCAUCACCGCGUACGACGUCUUUUAUGAGGAAAAGCAGCAGAAACAGAAGGGUUUUACCAUGCGAAGGAAGGAGGACUUCCUCAUCAUGGGAUUUGAUGAAUCAACGAACUUCGGGUACGCAAUGCAAUGGUUUGGUUCUGGAUUUAUGAUGUUUAUGCUCUUCGCUGGUCGUCUUUUCACUGACCUGCGCUGGAAAUUCUGAUACUUUUCAGAACGCAACAACAAAGUUACGAUUUACAAAAAGGUGGUCUUGGUGCAAUAAGUAGAACAGAAACAGACAAGAAUAUGAAAAAUAUGAAUACUUGC